AUGGCAACUUCAAGUUCUAGAUGGCAAUUGUUAUAUGGACCUGAAGAUCCGUCAGUUUUAUAUCUUCAGAAACAACACAUAUCAAAUAAACUACUGACGGAAGGCACAUCACAUAUUUUCAAAGUUCGUCGGACGGAAACUAAGACAUGGGAUGUGGAUAUACAUGCCAAUGUGAGGUAUUGGCUUAACAUGUUUGGUUUUGGAGGCGUGAUCGAAUGUGGGAAGUCGAUGAAGGUCGACAACGAGCUUAUAACUGCUUUGGUUGAGCGUUGGAGGCCGGAGACACAUACUUUCCAUCUACCGGUUGGAGAGGCGACAGUCACCCUAGAAGAUGUGCAAGUCCUGUGGGGCUUGAGAGCGGACGGUCGUGUUUUCACAGGCCGUGACCAUCAUACCAGAUAUACCGAUUGGCCCAGCAAGUGCCGAGAUUUGUUGGGAUGGAUACCCGAUGCAGCAUCAGAGACAAAGCAAGGCGGUAUGCUGAUGAUCGCUCUGAUUAACCAAACGAGCAUACCUUUGGGUGAUGACCUACCUCCUUAUGUCUACAUCCAAAGGGUACGUAUCCAUGCUUUAAUCUUGUUAGGAGGACUGAUUCUAUCAGACACUACUGGGUGUAAGGUUCCUUUCAUGUGGCUGAAUGCAUUUGAGGAUCAAGACAAUGUGAUAAAUAUUAGUUGGGGAAGUGCAGCUUUAUCGUACUUGUAUCAUUAUCUGUGCGAGGCUUCCAUGGACAAGAGGAAAGAGUUAGGCGGACCCAUGAUUCUUCUGCAGCUUUGGGCGUGGGAAAGAAUGUCUACAUUGAGGCCGUCAUUCGUAGUAGCGCCUGUGUACGAGCCGUAUACGCCAUGUGGCGCCAGGUGGAAAGGAACUACUCAGAUAGGAAAUGCUCCUAGAUAUUCGGUGGAGCAUUACCGUGAUCAAAUAUCCUUGAUUAAACAUGGUCAGGUUUAUGGUGUCAUAUUUUUAGAUGAAUUCUUGCCAAAUUUUUUCAAAUGA